CGCCGCGGCCGCAGGACACCACAGUAACGCCUGCCGCCGGCAUGACAGGAUCCUCGCCGCUCGCGCACCAGCGCCGGCUCUUCCUCGGGCUGCUCUGCUUCGUCGUGACCCUGCGCGCCUCCGCGGCCCGGCCGGAGGGCACCGCAACGCCGUCAGGCCUGGGCACAGCGGCAGAGUUGAUGGAGGAGAUUCGCUCCCGCAUGAGCAACCAGUGGGACGCCCUGCAGCAUAUCCGCUACCAGGCGCUGACGAGCAAGAUGACGGUGGGUCGCCUGAGCGAGCGCGUCAAGCAGCUGGUCGCCGUCAUCGCUUCCCAGGAAGUGCUUCCGUCGGCACGCCCCUCGACGCCGGACGAGCCGUGCGACGAGGAGCCGUUCGAGGACGACGGCAUACCUGCCUUGGCGGAUGCUCUGGAGGAGCUCCUCCAGGCGUACACCAACUACAUCAAUACGAGUGUGGAAGGAGACGACCCACGAAGCUUCCAGGAGGAUCUAGCGAAGAUUACGGACGUGCUGGGGAAGCUGAGAGCUCUGGUCGGCCAAGCAUCGACCAGGACAUCCCGCGGCAUAGAAACAACCCCUGCGGAGGGCGAGCCUGAGGCGCGGCGUCGGGAAGUGCGAGCGGGCGCCACGGCCGUGCUCCCGUGCCCCGUCGGCGCCGCAGGACAGCCGGUCACGUGGGUCCACUCGCUAGCAAAUCGGCUCGUUGCCCUGAACGGCGUAGUUGUGGUGGCAGACGCGCGCUUCGGGCUGGUUGAAGUGAACGGCUCGCCUGCCCUCGAGAUUUCAGACAUUCAGAAGAAGGACGAAGGCCUCUAUAAGUGCUUCUCGAAUGGGACGGUUUCCUAUGAACUCUUUGUUGCUGAACCCAUGCUGGAAGUGGGCGUUCCCGCCAUGGCUGCCCGCUUCACGAACCAGACCCUCACCUGCGCCUACCGCGGAGGCGAGGGCCUCGCACGGCUCGAAUGGCUGUUCAACGGUGCUCCCUUCUUCCAUUAUAAUCCUUUCCGAAAUGCACAAGUGGGUACCGAGUUCAACGCUGACAUUGAAGUAAUUCGUGAGGCGUCAACGCCGCAGCGGCUGGUCCUCCGGGAAGUGGACGUCACGGCUUCGGGAAGCUAUACGUGCCAAGUGCUGCUGGCGGCUUCCGGCCGACUGCUGAGCGACACGGCAGCCAUGGCGGUCAAGGGCCUGCCGCAGCCGGAGCGCGCCCGGCCGGCCCCCGUGGGCGUCGAGAGCCUGGGCGACGUGGCGGCGACGGCCGGCGAGGAAGCCACCCUCAGCUGCAGGGUAUUCGCCGACGAGGCUGCUACGGUCUCCUGGAAGCGCCUGCGGGACCAGAGGCUGCUGUCGACCAACAACUACUCGUACACCGGCGACGUGGAGCACAGAGUCCGGCACGAAGAAGGGCCGAGCGAGUGGCACCUGUGGCUCGCCCGGGUUGCCCCUGAGGACGACCGCUUCGAGUGCCGCGCCGUCGGCUCCUCUGGGGGCGAGGCCGCGGCGGUCGUGCGCCUCACGUUCGGAGAGGAGGAGAAAGUGGGCGUGGCUUCUGUGGACGUGCCCUCUCGCGCCACACGCUUCUCAGACCAGACGCUCACUUGCAAAUACAACCUUGGCGACAUGGGCCUCUACUCCGUCAGGUGGUACCUCAACGACAGCGAAUUCUUCCGAUAUUUACCAGCCCUAAAAAUAAACUUGUCCCAUCAAGAUGUGCAGGUCGAUACAGAAAAAUCCAAUGCGACCAGGGUAGUUCUCCGGGAGGUGGAUAUCAGAGCCUCAGGGACCUAUACGUGUGAAGUUACAACAAACGAACCCUUUUUCUACGUCUUCUCGAAGUCAUCUAACAUGACAGUCACUGCUCAGUGCUUUGCAGAUGAGGCAGCGGUGGAGACGCGAAUCACGACGGCAGCAAUAGGGUCUUCAGUCGAAUUUUCCUGCGAGGCUUCCUCGGAGGAUGGCACGGUGUCCUGGGUCCGCGAACGUGACUACCAUAUAUUAUCAGUGGGAAAUAUCGUCGUCGACUCCCGCUAUUCGGUCGAGCAGGGCCGCACGGCGGGCGCCUGGAGGCUGCGGCUCGCCCGCGUCACCCAUUCGGACGCCGGCGACUACACGUGCAGGAAGCCCGAGUUCGCCUCGCGCCCGACCCGCUACCGGCUGGUGGUCGUCGAGCCAACAAUUAGCAUGGAAUUUACGGAUAACAUAACAGCCGAAGCCGGUUCGUCGGCUAUUCUCAGCUGCCGAGUCUUUAAUCUUGGACAAGGCACGGUGUCAUGGAUCCGCAACGAGGACCGAUACCUGACGGCCGGCCUCUUCACCAUGACGGAUGACGAUCGCUUCACCCCCUCCGUCGAGGACGCGAACGUGUGGCAGCUGAGGAUCCGGGACGUACGGCCCGAGGAUUCCGGGGCCUACGGCUGCCAGGUGUCCGCACGGCCGCCGACGGUGAAGAGGGUGUGGCUGACAGUCGCAGGUGCUCCAACAGCUGAAGCCCCUGCCUCGUCAACGCCCACGAUAUGUCUUCCACCAUUUCAGUUGAUCGGUGAUCAUGUCUGUAUUAUGGUUGAGACGAUGGAAAAGAGAAGCUGGUUUGACGCCCAGCAAUAUUGCAGGUCGCAGGGUGGCGACCUGGCCAAGGAGGAUGACAACGCCUACAUCAGAAUAUACUUGGAGCAGCAUUUCGGCAUCAGCGGCGAUACAUGGACGCGAUGGCCGUUCUGGCUCGGCGGCAAGGAGGGCGGGUCCGAGGGCGUGGACGGGUGGCGGUGGACGGACGGAAGCCGCGUCGCCGCCGCCGUCUGGGCCACCAGCGAACCCAGGCAGUAUCCCAGGAAAGGAGCACCUCGCGGCACAUGUUUGGUACUGGAUGGCUUCCAGGCCUACAGCGCUUCUGCUCUCCCUUGUCACUUGAGGAGACGCUUCAUCUGCCGCGUCAUGUAGACGCACGAGAAAGCGUUGGUAAAUGGUUGAUGAAGCACACAUCGUCCUCAUACCUUAAAUAGACGUUUGGCACUUAAUAAAUUUGGGUUAAGCUGUUUUUGCAGUGCCUGUGUAUUUUAAGUUUAAUGUCUCCAUAAUUUCUUUUGUUUUGUAGGCAGGGGCGUCAACCUGGAUGCUGGGGGGAGCGGUUACCCCCAAGACGCUGUUUACCCUCAUCAAGGUCUGACUUUUUUAUUUUUUCCCCUAAAUUACACCUGUAUAGCUGUAAUUAUAGCUUUUAAAUGUCCCUAGAAUAUUACGUUUAAAAAAAACGAUCGGGGGCUCGCAGUGAAGCCAAUUAUGCUCGCUUUGUUUACCAACCAUGCCCCCCCCCCCCCCGCCCCCCGAAAAAGCUGAAAUGAUGACCCUGCCGGUUGGAACUUAGUUAAGAUAUGAUGAUGGACAGCAUCUUGUUUAAUAUGGUUUUCGUCACCUGUCCAGCUUCUACAUCCUUAUUUUAGCUCACUCUCUUUGGCAGUUGGGCGCUGAAAGCGGAUGAAAUAUCCAGAUUUUCAAUGUUAGUGUGAUGCAUCUGGAGUGUCUUUCAUCAUCUUACUUGCCAUGGUGCGCUACUCCAAAAGUCUAAAGGCUUUAUCUGCAAUUUCUCACAUUCGCCGAUCGCAGUUGAUCGCCGAAUGUGAUAUGCCAAAUAAUUUUUGUUUAAUUUUGUUACUCUUCAUUUGACCAUUUAAGGGGUAUUUAAAAGAUAUUUUAUAAUGAAACGCAAGUGAAAAUGGUGCAGGAUUAUACAGAAAGCCAAAGCGUUAAUAUUAGGCUCAAAUGAGUCAAUGAAAUGUAAUACAUCAUAGGCAGUAUUGAUAAAUGGAUGAUUAAAAUCGACUGUAUUAAUCUCAUAAGGGAUUGUAUUUGAAUAUUUUUGAUACGAAAAAAUAUACAAGAAUGAUAGAUAUACUACAAGUGUUUUUGAAAUACAUCGAAAUGCAAAAGACAAAUAAACACUCGAAGUACAGAGUCGCAGCCGGAGCACUAAAUUCGAAUUUGUAUACAUUUUGAUCCUUCGAAUAAAGCUCCACAAAUAUUAAGAUAUUACAAUAUGAUAAUAACAAGAAUAAGAAUACGAAUUAUCUAAAAUACUAAUAAUGAUAGUGAUAAUAGAGAUAAUGAAAAUAAGAAUUAUCAUUACUAUAAUUAUUUUAUCAUUAUUAUUAUAAGUAUUAUUAUUGUUAUCAUUAUGAGCAUUACUAUAGUAAUAUAAAUAACAUUUUUCCACACCCAUCAGAAGUCAAGCGAUUCUUAUCGGCAUCCACUAACGAAAUAUAGCAGGAUGAGUCGGGAUGAUUAAUGAGUAAGCAAAAUAUGAAUGUACCGUUUUUAUUAUAAUUAAUACCAUUACUGUCAUUGUCAAUGUCAUUGUUAUUACCAUUAUCCUUUAUUAAAAUCAGUAUUAUCA